AUGAGCUUCAGUUCUCUGUUACCACCGCCGGAGCACAGUCCUCCAGAUGAUGUUAAUUCCAGGGAAGUUGAAAUAAUUACAAAAGAGCAUGAUUUUAUUGUAAAUGCACUGACUAAGAAGGAAGCAGUACAUUCUAGCAAUAACAAUAUCGGGUCAUUUGUCGGCUCCCAAGUUGCUAAUUUCAAUGAUGUUAUACCUUUGAGACAAAAGGAUUUUUAUGGGGUGCAGGCACCUUUACCUACUACGCAAGAAAUUGAGCUUUGCAAGGUACGAACACAAGAAGUGGUCAAUAGACUCUUACAUAAAUUCACUGAUAAGGGUAAAGCUGGUUAUCAGAAGGAUACUAGGAAGAUAACUACAGGCUCUAGGAUAAUAACCAUAGAGAGCAAGAGGCAGGAUCCAUUACAACCCUCAAGACAAAAAAAUACAAGUAGUAAAAUAGUUCUCCCUGAAGAUGAUGAGACUGAUACUCCAAUUUUACAUGCCACAGAUGAUGCUAAGAGUAAAAGAUUAACCAAGGAGGAGAGAGCCAAAUGGAAUAUCCCAGCAGCAGUGUCUAGUUGGAAGAAUCCCAUGGGUUAUACUGUGGGCUUGAAGCAUAGAGCGGCCCAUGGUAAAAAAACAGGUAAUGUAGGAUCAAUCAAUAAUAAAGUAUCAGAUAUUGUUGCUGCUUUGGAUGAAACUGAUCAAGAAAUUAGAGAAGGUAUACAGCAAGAAAAUGAACUAAAGCGGAAACAGCUCAAGGAAGAAGAGAGAAUCAAGGAAGAAAAGCUAAGGGCCAUUGCCGAAAGAUCAAAGAUACAAACACAAAGUUCUGCUGUAAAGAAACGAGGAUCCCGUUUUGAAGGUGGUAGACAUCAGAAUAAGAAGAUUAAGAAAGAAGAACCCCCAAUUAAAUCAGCUGCGGAAAGACUUAAGGAACUUGCUUAUGCUCAGGGUAGGGAAGUUAGUGAAAAAGUUAUCUUAGGUGCUGCCAAAGCAACUACAACUGGAACUGGAGCAAAUGUUCAUUACGAUUCUCGUUUGUUCAGUAAGGGUGCAAAUGCGGCAGCAAAACGCAGCGAAGAGCAAGUAUAUGACAAUCCUCUGUUUGUUCAACAGGAAAUUGACAGUAUAUAUAGAGUCAAUGCAAAGAGCAUUGACGAAGCCAAUUCAGUGUCAGCCAGCAGGUAUGGACCAAUUCAAUUUACGAAGGCACAUUCACUAGAUGAUAAGAGUACGGCAAAGGAUGAAGAGGAAACAUAG